GGCGACAGCAGUUGGGUUGCUCGAGUGUGGCGCUGCUUCCGAGACGCGGGGAGCCGGGGAGGCGUGCGAGCUGGCGCGGGGGUGGCGGGGUGGCGGGGUGGGUGCGACAGCCGCGGAGCGCUGGGCAGAGGUCCGCAGAGUCGCAGCCCCCCGAAAGCCACCCUCGCUGGGCUCUGGGCUGGGGUAGAGCGGUGGCGAGGCGACAGCUCCGCGCACACCAGAGAGGAGGCGGCGGCGGCCCCAGCCAUGCUGUGCUAUGUGACGAGGCCAGACGCGGUGCUGAUGGAAGUGGAGGUGGAAGCGAAAGCGAACGGCGAGGACUGCCUCAACCAGGUGUGCAGGCGUCUGGGAAUUAUAGAAGUUGAUUAUUUUGGACUGCAAUUUACGGGUAGCAAAGGUGAAAACUUAUGGCUAAACCUGAGAAACCGAAUCUCCCAGCAGAUGGAUGGGCUAGCCCCUUACCGUCUUAAACUGAAAGUCAAGUUCUUCGUUGAACCUCAUCUCAUCUUGCAGGAGCAGACUAGGCAUAUCUUCUUCCUGCAUAUCAAGGAGGCCCUCCUGGCAGGCCACCUCCCAUGCUCCUCAGAGCAGGCUGUGGAACUCAGUGCCCUCCUGGCUCAGACCAAGUUUGGAGACUACAACCAGAACACCGCCAAGUAUAGCUUUGAGGAACUAUGUGCAAAGGAGCUCUCCAGUGCCACCUUAAACAGCAUUGUUGCAAAGCAUAAAGAACUGGAGGGAACCAGCCAGGCUUCAGCUGAAUACCAGGUUUUGCAGAUUGUGUCAGCAAUGGAGAACUAUGGCAUAGAAUGGCAUUCUGUGAGGGACAGUGAAGGACAGAAAUUGCUCAUUGGGGUUGGACCUGACGGCAUUUCAAUUUGUAAAGAAGACUUUAGUCCAAUGAAUAGGAUUGCUUACCCUGUGGUUCAGAUGGCCACUCAGUCAGGAAAGAAUGUGUACCUGACUGUCACCAAGGAGUCUGGAAACAGCAUCGUACUCUUAUUUAAGAUGAUCAGCACCAGAGCAGCCAGCGGGCUAUACCGAGCAAUAACAGAGACACAUGCUUUCUACAGAUGUGACACGGUGACCAGUGCUGUCAUGAUGCAGUAUAGCCGGGACUUGAAGGGUCACUUGGCAUCUCUGUUUCUGAAUGAAAAUAUUAACCUUGGCAAGAAGUAUGUCUUUGAUAUUAAACGAACCUCAAAAGAGGUCUAUGACCAUGCCAGGAGGGCUCUAUACAAUGCUGGUGUGGUAGACCUUGUUUCAACAAGCGAUCACAGCCCUCCAAACUCUCCCUUAAAGUCCACGGAGAAUGGCCUCAACUGCAACACCUGUGAGGGCCUCAGCUGCCAGCAGACCAGAGCCCUCCAGGAGAAACUGAGAAAGCUGAAGGAAGCCAUGCUGUGCAUGGUGUGCUGUGAGGAGGAGAUCAACUCGGCCUUCUGUCCCUGUGGCCACACCGUGUGCUGUGAGAGCUGUGCCACCCAACUCCAGUCAUGUCCUGUCUGCAGGUCGAGGGUAGAGCAUGUCCAGCACGUCUAUCUUCCAACCCACACCAGUCUUCUCAACCUAACUGUAAUCUGAUUCCUGCUGCGCACUUACUGGAUAUGCCAUGUUAGCGUGAACUACACUGUGGUAAAUGAUGAAGGUGAUAGAUUGUGGAGGAGACAAAUACUCCAACACCUAUCUGCCAUGCAGCAUUUAAUAAAACGAAAAAGACUACAACAACUUCUUGCAGCUGAAAUACACAGUCUGCGUAGAAUUGGCACCUCCAGUGGUGAGAACCUGGAAGAGUUCUAGGACACACACAUUCCUUGCACGUUCAUUCAUUUUUAUGAUCAAGUAAAGGAUUAAGGUAAAUCUUUAAUGUCAGUGAAGUGGCAACAUAGCCAAAAAUACUGGAUACUGUUUAGGGAAUGAUGUUGUAAAUCUCCUUAAAGUGUCUCAAAGUAAGUUUCCUACCUAUGGAAAAUUUUGUAAGGAAUAGUUUUAAGAAUUUACUUGGUUCUAUUUGUAUGGUCAUUGAGCUCCAAACAUUUUUAAUAGGAAAAAAGAAAGAACUUUCUUAAGGAACUAGUCAUCAUCUUAAUGUCAUUUCUGUUUUUAUAACAUGUUCAAGAAUGAUUGGAAGGCAAAAAACAUUUAAAAAUCAAUUUUGUGACUUUCAUGAAGUUGACAACAACGUUGUCAUAUUUAAAGCAGUCAAGCUAGUGGAAACAGAACUCAAUGUGGCAGCUUCCAGUUCUUUUUUUUCCUCCCUCCCCCUCCCCACAGGACUUUCAGUUAUAAAAUGCUACUGGUCUGGUUAUAAGAUUUCUGUGGAGUAGUCAAGCACUCCUUAUACCUCUCAAAUUGGUAGAAUAUUUUAUUUUGAGAUUGUAAAGAGACCAUGUGUUCCUUGGGGUGGGAGAACAGUGCUGAGAUGAAUAUUGUUCUGUAAGCUACGUGUGGUCAUUAGUUCUCCCACUCUAGCUUCACCCAAUGGGGUCGCUUUGCUUGAGCUAUCAAGCCUUCUAUAGCCUUAUCACAGGAAAAACUUUAUAGUAUAGUACUUUUUCCUUUAUUUUUUUUUCAUUAUUUUUUAUUUUUAGCUAAAUACUUAAGUAUUAACUUUUUGGUGUCUCCCUUCCAUAUAUUUUAGAAGGGAUUGAUUUUUGUUUCUCUUGCUUUGAUGUUUUCCACUCCCAGUUGGGCAUUUUGAUCGCUGGUCAGCUUGUGGGUAUUCUAGGCCAUCAGAAACCUAGAUAACCUUAUUGGGUGCAAUACUAGCUGUGUUAAAGCUAGAAAACGACACUGUCACUUUACUGAGAUUUCUGCGUAUACUUUUCAUAUUGCCUUAAUGUAGCAGUAAUGUGUUUAUGCAUUUGUUUCUUUGCACAGACAUUUUGUCAGAUAUUAAAACUCUACUUUUUUAUGGCACAUAUUAGCAUAUAAGCCUUUAUUCCAAGAGGUAUUUAUUUUUUCACUUGUAAAAAAAAGUUUCCACAUAAAGGAUAUACUAUAGGACUUCUGUCUUUUAUAUUCCAAAUAAUAAAGAAUUUAAAAAUAAA